CGCUCCCUGCCGGCGGCUGCCUGGGCGCUACCUAGUCGGCGCGGGCGGCCGCCCAACCUCGGUGCGGCCUCCGCUCAGGCGGGGGGCGUCGGCGCCGCGGGGCCCCGCCAUGGCCGCGUCCGAGCUCUACACAAAGUUUGCCAGAGUUUGGAUACCUGAUCCUGAGGAAGUUUGGAAGUCAGCAGAGCUGCUCAAAGAUUAUAAACCAGGAGAUAAAGUCCUCCUGCUUCACCUUGAGGAAGGAAAGGAUUUGGAAUAUUGUCUAGAUCCAAAGACCAAGGAACUGCCUCACUUGAGAAACCCUGACAUACUUGUGGGUGAAAAUGACCUCACAGCCCUCAGCUAUCUUCAUGAGCCUGCUGUGCUCCACAAUCUCAGAGUCCGCUUUAUUGACUCCAAACUUAUUUAUACAUAUUGUGGUAUAGUCCUAGUAGCUAUAAAUCCUUAUGAACAGCUGCCUAUUUAUGGAGAAGAUAUUAUUAAUGCAUAUAGUGGUCAGAAUAUGGGUGACAUGGAUCCACAUAUCUUUGCAGUAGCUGAAGAAGCUUACAAGCAAAUGGCCAGAGAUGAACGAAAUCAGUCCAUCAUUGUAAGUGGAGAGUCUGGGGCAGGAAAAACAGUCUCAGCUAAGUAUGCCAUGCGAUACUUUGCAACCGUGAGUGGUUCUGCCAGUGAAGCCAAUGUCGAGGAGAAGGUCUUGGCCUCCAACCCCAUCAUGGAGUCCAUUGGAAAUGCUAAGACAACCCGGAAUGAUAAUAGCAGCCGUUUUGGGAAGUAUAUUGAAAUUGGUUUUGAUAAGAGAUACCGAAUCAUUGGUGCCAAUAUGAGAACUUACCUUUUAGAGAAAUCCAGAGUGGUAUUCCAGGCAGAAGAGGAGAGAAACUAUCAUAUCUUCUACCAGCUUUGUGCUUCAGCAAAGUUACCUGAAUUUAAAAUGCUGCGAUUAGGAAAUGCAAAUAACUUUCAUUACACGAAGCAAGGUGGCAGUCCUGUGAUUGAAGGAGUUGAUGAUACCAAGGAGAUGGCACAUACCAGGCAGGCCUGCACUCUGCUAGGAAUUAGUGAGUCUUAUCAGAUGGGAAUUUUCCGAAUACUUGCUGGCAUCCUUCACUUAGGCAAUGUUUCAUUUACAUCUCGGGAUUCAGACAGCUGCACGAUACCUCCCAAGCAUGAACCUCUCAGCAUCUUCUCUGACCUUAUGGGCAUAGACUAUGAGGAGAUGUGUCACUGGCUCUGCCAUCGGAAACUCGCUACCGCCACAGAGACAUACAUCAAGCCCAUCUCUAAGCUGCAGGCCACGAAUGCCCGUGAUGCUUUGGCCAAGCACAUUUAUGCCAAGCUCUUUAGCUGGAUCGUAGAUCAUGUCAAUCAGGCCCUCCAUUCUGCUGUCAAACAGCACUCUUUUAUUGGAGUGCUGGACAUAUAUGGAUUUGAAACAUUUGAGAUAAAUAGUUUUGAACAGUUUUGCAUAAAUUAUGCAAAUGAAAAACUACAGCAACAAUUCAAUAUGCAUGUCUUCAAAUUAGAACAGGAAGAAUAUAUGAAGGAACAAAUUCCCUGGACACUCAUAGAUUUUUAUGAUAAUCAGCCUUGCAUUAAUCUUAUAGAAUCUAAACUGGGCAUUCUAGAUUUGCUGGAUGAAGAAUGCAAGAUGCCCAAAGGCACAGAUGACACUUGGGCCCAAAAAUUGUACAACACACAUUUGAACAAAUGUGCACUCUUUGAAAAGCCCCGUCUAUCAAACAAAGCUUUCAUCAUCCAACAUUUUGCUGACAAAGUGGAAUACCAGUGUGAAGGCUUUCUGGAAAAGAAUAAAGACACUGUUUUUGAAGAACAAAUUAAAGUUCUGAAAUCCAGCAAGUUUAAGAUGCUACCAGAAUUAUUUCAAGAUGAUGAGAAGGCCAUCAGUCCAACGUCAGCCACCUCAUCAGGACGCACACCCCUCACCCGCACUCCAGCAAAGCUCACCAAAGGCAGACCCGGCCAGACAGCCAAAGAGCACAAGAAAACAGUGGGGCACCAGUUCCGAAACUCCCUUCACCUGCUAAUGGAGACCCUCAAUGCCACUACCCCUCACUAUGUGCGCUGCAUUAAGCCCAAUGACUUCAAGUUUCCAUUCACGUUUGAUGAGAAGAGGGCGGUGCAACAGCUGAGAGCAUGUGGUGUCCUGGAAACCAUCCGCAUCAGUGCAGCGGGCUUCCCCUCACGGUGGACCUACCAAGAAUUUUUCAGCCGCUACCGUGUCCUAAUGAAGCAAAAGGAUGUGCUGAGUGACAGAAAGCAAACAUGCAAGAAUGUGUUAGAGAAACUGAUACUGGACAAGGACAAAUACCAGUUUGGUAAGACAAAGAUCUUUUUCCGUGCUGGUCAAGUGGCCUACCUAGAAAAACUGAGAGCAGACAAGCUGCGGGCGGCCUGCAUCCGGAUCCAGAAGACUAUCCGAGGCUGGCUGCUGCGAAAGAAGUACCUGCGCAUGCGCAAGGCGGCCAUCACCGUGCAGAGACACGUGCGAGGCUACCAGGCCCGAUGCUAUGCUAAGUUCCUGCGCAGAACCAAGGCAGCAACCAUUAUUCAGAAGUACUGGCGCAUGUAUAUAACCCGCAGGAGAUACAAGAUAAGACGAUCAGCCACUAUUGUUCUUCAGUCUUAUUUGCGAGGCUACUUGGCCAGAAAUAGAUAUCGCAAGAUGCUCCGUGAGCACAAAGCAGUUAUCAUUCAGAAGUGGGUGCGGGGCUGGCUGGCUCGCAGGCACUAUAGGAGGAGCACGCAAGCCAUCAUCUACCUCCAGUGCUGCUUCCGGCGGAUGAUGGCCAAGCGCGAGCUGAAGAAGCUCAAGAUCGAGGCCCGCUCUGUGGAGCGCUACAAGAAGCUGCACAUAGGCAUGGAGAACAAGAUCAUGCAGCUGCAGCGCAAAGUGGAUGAGCAGAACAAAGACUACAAAUGCCUAAUGGAGAAACUGACCAAUCUGGAGGGAAUAUACACCUCUGAGACUGAGAAACUACGAAGUGACUUAGAGCGUCUCCAGCUAAGUGAGGAGGAAGCCAAGAUUGCUACUGGACGGGUCCUCAGUCUGCAGGAGGAAAUUGCCAAGCUCCGGAAAGACCUGGAACAAACUCAGUCAGAGAAAAAAUCCAUUGAGGAGCAUGCAGAUAGAUACAAACAGGAAACCGAGCAGCUGGUAUCAAGUCUAAAGGAAGAAAAUACUUUGCUGAAGCAGGAAAAAGAGGCCCUCAAUCAUCUUAUCGUGGAGCAGGCUAAGGAGAUGACAGAGACUAUGGAGAAGAAGUUAGUAGAAGAAACGAAACAACUGGAACUCGAUCUUAAUGAUGAAAGGCUGAGGUACCAGAACCUUCUGAAUGAGUUCAGUCGCUUAGAAGAACGAUAUGAUGACCUCAAGGAAGAGAUGACUCUGAUGGUGAAUGUGCCCAAGCCUGGACACAAGAGAACAGACUCCACCCAUAGCAGCAAUGAGUCCGAAUACACCUUUAGCUCUGAAAUUGCAGAAACCGAAGAUCUGCCAUUGAGGACAGAGGAGCCAAGUGAGAAGAAGGUGCCUCUGGACAUGUCACUGUUCCUCAAGCUUCAGAAGAGGGUCACAGAGCUGGAGCAGGAGAAGCAGGUGAUGCAGGAUGAGCUGGACCGCAAGGAGGAGCAGGUGCUGCGCAGCAAAGCCAAGGAAGAAGAAAGACCACAAAUUAGAGGUGCAGAACUGGAAUAUGAGUCACUCAAGCGUCAAGAGCUGGAAUCAGAAAAUAAAAAACUGAAAAAUGAGCUAAAUGAGCUACGCAAGGCCCUUAGUGAGAAAAGUGCCCCAGAGGUGACUGCUCCAGGCGCACCAGCCUACCGUGUCCUCAUGGAGCAGCUGACCUCCGUGAGUGAGGAGCUUGAUGUCCGCAAGGAGGAAGUCCUCAUCUUGAGGUCUCAGCUGGUGAGCCAGAAGGAGGCCAUCCAACCCAAGAACACAAUGACAGAUUCCACAAUACUUUUGGAAGAUGUACAAAAAAUGAAAGAUAAGGGUGAAAUAGCCCAAGCAUACAUUGGUUUGAAAGAAACGAACAGACUCCCUGCUAUGGACUGCCAUGAGUUGAAUGAGGAUGGAGAGCUGUGGCUGGUUUAUGAAGGCUUAAAACAAGCCAACAGGCUCCUGGAAUCCCAGCUGCAGUCCCAGAAGAGGAGCCAUGAGAAUGAGGCAGAAGCCCUUCGCGGGGAGAUCCAGAGCCUGAAGGAGGAGAACAACCGGCAGCAGCAGCUGCUGGCCCAGAACCUGCAGCUGCCCCCGGAGGCCCGCAUCGAGGCCAGCCUGCAGCACGAGAUCACCAGGCUGACCAACGAGAACUUGUAUUUUGAGGAAUUAUAUGCAGAUGACCCUAAGAAGUAUCAGUCCUAUCGGAUUUCACUUUACAAACGGAUGAUUGAUCUGAUGGAACAACUUGAAAAACAAGAUAAGACUGUUCGGAAACUGAAAAAACAACUGAAAGUAUUUGCCAAAAAAAUUGGUGAACUAGAAGUGGGCCAGAUGGAGAACAUAUCACCAGGACAGAUCAUUGAUGAACCCAUCCGUCCAGUCAACAUUCCCAGGAAAGAAAAGGAUUUCCAAGGAAUGCUGGAAUACAAGAAGGAGGAUGAGCAAAAGCUUGUUAAGAACCUGAUUUUGGAACUGAAGCCACGUGGUGUGGCAGUCAACUUGAUUCCAGGGUUACCAGCAUAUAUCCUGUUCAUGUGUGUCCGACAUGCUGACUAUCUGAAUGAUGAUCAGAAAGUAAGGUCGUUGCUAACAUCAACAAUUAACAGCAUCAAAAAAGUAUUAAAGAAAAGAGGUGAUGAUUUCGAAACUGUCUCCUUCUGGCUCUCUAACACAUGCCGAUUUUUGCACUGUUUGAAGCAGUACAGUGGAGAAGAGGGCUUUAUGAAACACAACACAUCUCGCCAGAAUGAACACUGCCUCACCAAUUUUGACCUGGCUGAGUACCGGCAGGUGCUAAGUGACUUGGCUAUUCAGAUCUACCAGCAACUCGUGCGGGUGUUAGAGAAUAUCCUUCAGCCCAUGAUCGUCUCCGGCAUGCUGGAGCAUGAAACCAUUCAGGGCGUGUCUGGGGUGAAGCCCACAGGGCUUAGAAAGCGAACCUCCAGCAUUGCGGACGAGGGCACCUACACACUGGACUCCAUCCUCCGGCAGCUCAACUCCUUCCACUCAGUCCUGUGUCAGCACGGCAUGGACCCUGAACUGAUCAAGCAGGUGGUCAAGCAAAUGUUCUACAUCGUGGGGGCCGUCACCCUGAACAACCUCCUGCUGCGCAAGGACAUGUGCUCCUGGAGUAAAGGCAUGCAGAUCAGGUACAAUGUCAGUCAGCUGGAAGAAUGGCUGCGUGACAAGAACCUGAUGAAUAGCGGGGCUAAGGAAACCCUGGAACCGCUCAUUCAGGCUGCUCAGCUCUUGCAAGUGAAAAAGAAGACAGAUGAUGAUGCAGAAGCCAUUUGUUCCAUGUGCAGUGCUCUAACUACUGCCCAGAUUGUCAAAGUGUUGAAUUUGUAUACUCCAGUUAAUGAGUUUGAAGAAAGAGUCUCUGUAUCGUUUAUUCGUACUAUACAGAUGCGUUUACGAGACAGGAAAGACUCGCCUCAGCUGCUCAUGGAUGCUAAACACAUCUUUCCUGUCACCUUUCCUUUCAACCCAUCCUCCCUCGCCCUGGAAACCAUCCAGAUUCCAGCCAGCCUGGGCCUGGGAUUCAUAUCACGGGUCUGAAAGUGACGUGAUGCCAAGGCAAACAGGGACAGUAAGAACCCAUUAUUUCCCGUGAGCUACUGAACAGACAUUUUUAAAGAGACAGCACUACUUAUCUUUCCAAUGAGAAGUUAUUAACUGGAAAUCUCCCUAAACACUUUUAUCACCUGGGAAGAACAAUAGGCUUCUUUGUGCCGUGUUACCUUAAUAGCAACACUCACCCUGGAUCAGUUAGGUAUCCCAAGGUACAUGCAGGUGAAUGACAGAAGGAAGGGGGAGAAAAGGUCUCCAGCUGCCAGCAUUUACUUUAGUCCUUAGCACUGCAUCUGAGUGGUACGGUAAACAUGUAAAUUCCAGGUAUGAGUGUUGUUAGGAAAGCACCUACCAGGGAGCCUCCCCUGCGCAGACCAGAAGAAUUGAAAGAAAAAUUGCCAUUGAGUACAUAUCAUAUCAGUUCAGGAAUCAGUUAUGUUGAUGUUGUCAAAGUGGAUCAAAGAAAUAAACUGGCAAUAUGUAAAGUACUUGUCAAGUAACUUCCUUCUAUGUGUCCCUAUGCUAUAGAGAUCUUAAGAGAAUAUUGGUUUGCCAUAUAGCAUAGAAGUGCAUUUGUACUGUAGUUUACUGAGCAUUUUAAAGUGCUGCUACAUACUGUGUUCUUUAAUAUAUAAGCGAUAUUCUCAUUAGGCACUACAACAAUAAGCUUCUCUUUUAUCAACUCUGUUUACAAUUCAAUCAGAUCAGUUUUAACUGGAUUAUGUGCAAAUAUAUACAGAUUCAUCUGCAUAAGUAGCAGACCCUGGCAAGUCAUGUAGAAAUAUGACAAAAUGUUUGACAUUUAGGGAUAGGAUUAGACAAAGUGGCUGUUGUUGAUGUCAUUAUUUAUUCAGAAUGUAUUACAUUGAUGUGCUCAUUAAUUUUCCCUGGGUGGAUAUCACAUCAGGGUACAGUGUUCUGUGAGGUGACUUAUUUUUAGUUCCCAGGCCAGAUUCCUGCACUGCAUAUUUUCAGUACUGACAGGUUUUCUUUCUUCUUCUUAAUUUAUUAAGAAUUAAUCUCAGUCACUAUCUAGAGAAGAUUCAGGUCUUGAAACCUUGAUUAUCCUAUUAUGCAAUUAUGCAAAAGAAGGUGUGUAAUAAAUAACUAUGAUUCCUUUUUUUUUAGGCUUUGCAACUUCUAUAAAUGUUCUCAGUACCACUAGAUACUUUAAGGAGCAUCAUAUUAGGAAUACUUUAAGACUUAUAUAAGAAAUAUCUGAAGAUUGUUAAAUUUUACAGAGGAUAUGUUUCAAUAAGACCCAGAUCCUGUAAGUUUCAUUCUGAAAUCCUAACUAAGCAUCUUCUCAGUUUUUCCUGGAAAUCCUAGACAGUGGGUCUUUCAGGUUGUGCAAGAACAAGUUCUUAGCUUUCAUUAGAAAUUCUGGUUCUGAAUUAUAAACAUAGAUUUAUAUAACUUAACUGUUAGGUGGUCUAUGAAAAAUGACGUCUUAUUAAAACAUGUGCAAUAUUAAUGGAAGUCAGUUUCAAAUCAUGAUAAAGAUUGUCAUUAAAAGAUUAACACUGUUAACUUACUUGGGCCUCACAUUCCUCAUUUAUACAGUAAGAAGGUUGGACCCUCCCACAUCUGAAGUUUCUCUCCUCUCAGCACUCGGAUCAUAGAGAAACGAGGUGCAGUUACUCAGUGAAUUCACCCUUGAAUAGAAAGAUCAGUGUUUGGUGCCUCUUCAUCCUGGGGGAUUAAUUAAAUGUAAAAUCACAAGUUGGUGUAGAUAUAACCUUUCUCAAAUGUACAUGAUUUUUACAUGCUUUUCGAAAGUGAAUUAGUUUGGGUAAUUUUUACUAAUGUACUGCUGUAUUCAGGUUGGAUACAUUUAUUUAUUUGCAAAAUCAACCAAAAACACUACUGAUUCCUUCAGGUUCUCUUAGUUUUCACCAGUUGUCAAUGUGGUUUUCAAUGAACAAUGAGCUCUUAUAAUCUUUUGGUUAGUAUUAAAUGUGCCAGAACACUGACUCAUUGCAUAGGGGAGAUGCUUAAAAAAAAAAAAAAAAA